AUGGAUUAUACCAUUCCAUUUCUAGGUGCUCUAGGCAAAUAUUUGGUCAGCGGCACAGAUUAAAAUAUGCAAGAGAUUAAAGAGUAAAUCUGUGCUCCUGAUAACAGGCUUAUUGAAAAAAUGUUCACAAUAAUAAAGAAAAGUACUAGGGUAGUUUUUCGAGAGGACUAUGAAAAUUCUAAAGCAUUCAACCAAAAUCCAUCUCUUUACGAUUAAAGACUGACUCCAUCAAUGCCUGAGGAAACCUCAUAUGGCUAUGAGGAUGCUAAUGGCAAUCGGUAUUUCAAUGAUAUUGGCCCAAUGUACUCUUAUGAGGAUCUCGAAAGAAUGCAUGAUGAUCCCAACUAUAACAUAAGACUCGAGGAAUAUAAACAAAGAGUCGAAGAUAGGAAAAAUGGGGUACCUAUUAGAGAAUAUGAUAAUGCUAGAGAUAAAGAAAUACCUGGAAAAAUGCUUUCUGCAGUAGAUACAAGCCGAGCCUAAUCUUUUUAAAUCUAGCAGCCUGUAAUUCAGAUGGAUGAUAGACCUAAGCAACUUUAAAAAUAUGGAAUAGUGCCUGGAACCUCUGAAAAGCAUGGUGGCUAAGAGAGAGUUGAUGUAGAUACCCGAUUAAGGUAUUUGCUUCAAUAUCCUCCUAAAGAUUCUGUCAUUCUCAGUAGAUAGUAUAAUCUGGAUUAAAUUGAUUAAGCUAGGAAAUAGCAAUCUCACACUAACGCUAAAGUCAACAUGAAAAACUUAACCAAAGCAUAGAAAUUGACAGUAGGGCCUAGGUUUACUUUUCCAAAUUUCGUCAAUGAAUAUGAAGCCUAUUUCAAUCCUAUUCACUCAUAUGUAGAUGAAAAUGGACAAGUUAUGCAAAUAGACAUGAAUGGUGAUCACAUUCCAAGAGGAUUUUGCUAUAAGCCGGGUGCGAUAAUUUUGAAAAUGACCAAUUAAAUGAGAUAUAUCUAUGUCCUUGCACUUAUGAUUUUAAAGAAGUGCAGCUAAUUAUUUAAACAUGAGGUCCAAAAGAAAGCCAUCUUCUUAGAGACUUAGUUGAAUGGAAAAAAGACUACGAAUUCAUUGCUGCAUACAUUGGUAUUUAUCGUUUAGAAGGCAGAGUUUGAAAGGACUGUAUUCCCUGAUUUCCUGAAUGAAAUUCUAACAAUUGAAGGUGAUGUUAAUUCUUAAACAGCUGAGAUUAUGUCGUAUUUACUGGAACAUCCAUCAAUUGUGCAAUCAUUAAUGAUGAAUAAUGACUUUUCAUUCUAGGUGCUUGCAUCUAUAAAAAAUAAUGGAGAUGAAUAGAAAAAUCAAAUCUAAUUCUCACUGUUUGCUCUUGAUAUCCUGAACUAGCUGGUGUUCUCUAAGGUUUAUAUUCAUCCUUAUUAUGCAGAAAUGAUUAUCUUGGAUAUUUUAGAGAGAUAUUAUUAUGAGUAAAUACCAAUUGAGAUUUUCGUUUCUUUGAAUAUGACUCUGGCUAAGCUUGCGGUAUCUCCGUUUUAUAGAGGAAGGAUUACUAGAAUGAUAUUUAAAAUAAUUACAACGCCAGUUGAUGACGGCUCUGCCACUCCAGCCAAGCCGUCUCCUAAAGGGAAAUCAUCUAAGGCCUCCCCUGCUGCAACUAAGGCUUCUCCUGCAGGGAAAAAUACUCCCUCAAAAUCUGUGAAGCUUAGCAAGAAUAAAAUAAAGGAAAUGAAAACUGCAUUUAUUAUAGAUGAGGAGAAAUUAGAUCAGUAUCUAAAGAAGCUUUAUAAAAAUGUGAAGUAUUUGUAUUCAUAUUCCGGCCUGACUAAGUAAUUGUUUAACGAUAUAAAAAACAAUUCACCCUAUAUUCAAAAUACUGAAGAGCAGUUUGAGAGAUCUUUGGAGAUUGUUGAAUUGAUAAAAAAGGGAUAUUAUGAUUAAUGCUUUAAUGAAAUGGACAUAGAUAAUGGUCCUAAUGGACCAUUAUAAAUUAUGGAUCAAUUCAAAGAAGCAGUAAAUGGUCUAGAAAUUUUCAUUUUCAAUGAUAAGUCAGGACUACUUAAAUCAAGCGAGCUUGUUAAGGCCUAGGAUGUAGAGAGCAUGUUUUUGAAAUAUGCCUUCGAAGAUAGUUUGAAACUCAUUAUUCUGAAGCAGAUAAAUACUGAAAACUAGGAGAGAAAAUAGAUUUAAUAAAACCUACUCAUUUUAAGUAACUCUCAAAGCAGAUUGAUUGAUCAGAGUCUGUGCAGUCUUUGCAAGUAAAUGAGAAAUCUGGCUAAUGAUAACUUUGAGCAGAUGAUAAAGUUCUACUUUCAAAAAUUUAUUCAAAUUAGUUUCGUAUCUGAAGGUAAAUCCUUAUAGAGCAUUCAAUAAGAGAGCUAAGAUGCAAUGACCUUUGAUAGAAAUAAGGUCCUAGAGAUCAAGCAUAUAGGACUCUUCUAAACUAUCUUAAGUUUUCUUAUACUUACUGGGAUGGGUAUCAAUCAUGAUAAGACGAAAGAAGAACUUGAGUAAGAUGAAGAUGUAAAUUUGGAGUUGAAAUUAAUAGUAGAGCUGAUAUAAACAACUAUAUGCGGGUAGAAUGAGAAUUUGCACACUAUGGAUUUCUUAUGCUUCUCUAUUAUGGUGCAUAAGAUAUUUCAAACUCAUAUUCAUGGAGAAAAAGCGAAUGACAUGUUUCUAGAAUUCUUUAUUAGUAGAAAUAUAUCCCAGAUAGCUCAUUCUACAUUUGAUAUUGUUCUCCAGUCUUUAAAAAAUCCAAAAACGACAUCAUUUGCACUCAACCUUAUAGCAGCUGAUUAAAAUAACGUCUAAUGUGUGAUCCAAUCAUCAAAGAAAGGCAAAGUAAAAGUUGCCCAAAAUAUAAAAAAAGAGAUGCCUUCAAAUGAUCUUUAUCUUAUUGACAGGAUUGCAAUCCAUGCGGCAAAUCAUUAUUCUUUGGUAUUUAUCCACAUCUUGAACAAUUCCUAGAAGAAAUAUCUAAUGCUUAUGCAAAAGAAUGUGCAUACCAUAAUGGAAUAAACCCAACUAUUGUUAAGCUUUUACGCUUAAGCAACUAAAAUAGAUCAAUCAUUAAAGAUGAUUAUGAAGAGACUUGUUAAAUCGAUAGUUACACUUUACUUCGCCAUCUAUGAGAAGUUCUUCAUUGAAUAUGAGAGUUUUUUUGCCACUCUAGAUAUAGUUAAGGUCACUGAAGUUGUUCAAGUACAAAAGGACUUUAAAAGCAUUAAACUAGCAAAUUAGAUAUAGAAGAUGCUUCUAAAUAUCCUUAAUAUGAAAGAGGAUAAAUUGAAGGGAAAUAAAAACUACUUGGCAUUAUUCAAAAUUCUGCUGGAAAAUGGCAGUAAUUUUAUUAUGCAGGAUGUACAUAGAGAAUUGAAGAAGUAAUGCAAGGAUUAUCUUGCUUUCUUUAAUUCCAAGUUAACUGGAGAUGAACUUAAAGCUUUUAAAGAUUAGCAAGUCAAUAUCAUACUAUGGUCAAAGCUGAGUUUCUUUCAAUAUUAUUUCCAAAAUCUCUCUUGGUUUUUGACCAGUGAUGAUGCAGACACCUUUUAUAAGUUAAUAAAUGUAGAGAUUGCUAAAAAUGUUUGUAUAAGUAUUGGAGAAAUGAUGAGGAGCUAUCUAGAAAUAUUAUAGAAUACUAUCAAUAAUGUAGAUGAAGAUCUUCAGCAAGUUUAUCAAUCAUUCAUAGAGAACUUGAUUCUGUUUUAGUGUUUGAUGCUGGAGAUACCAGGAUACACUUAAUUUCUGGGAGAGCAGGAGAUCUUCACAUUCACGCUUAGGAGUAUUAAGCAAAUUUAAAGUAUUGGCGAGAAGUAUCAAUUCUCAUGCACUGGGCUGAUAGUUAAGGUGAUACAAAGCAUUACUGACAUCAAUGGAUUUCUAAACAAAAAUACUGAAAUUGGAUGGGUUUUACAAUUCCUAAUGGAAAGUGGUCAAAGAAUAUUUGAACAUCUUUAAUUCAUUACCACAACAGUUAGAAUAUUAGCAUCAGGCUGUACAAAGGAUAAACUAUAUCUCUUUAGACCACUAGGAGAAUACUUGAGAGAAGUACUAGACCAGGAAUUCUUUGAGGAUGUUAAAAGUCAUUUAACUCAAGAGUAAAUACAAAUAAAUUAGCAGGAUAAGGAAAGUUUGGUUGAUGAGGUAAAAUUUGUAUUGUCCCUACUAAAACCUGCUGAUUUGAGCGAGAUAAAAGAUACAAACAAUAAGAUCAUUUCAAAUAAGGGAAGUGUUAUAUAGGCUGCUGGCUUAAUGUCACUCAGUACGAUAGAUCAACUGAAAAAUUAUGACUCUAGAAACAGAUUUAACUCUUCAGUUACAAGCUCUGCUGGGUUCCAGUUACCUGAGUAUAACAGAGUUAAUAUGGUUGAAAAGGUUGAUGAUGAAUUUUAAAAGAUUAUGGAGAAAUACACUCCAUAAAAUUAGCUUGAUUGGUUGGCUAUUGCAAAGUAAUCAUAAAAACUGAAACCCCCUAGAUAAACUCCUACCCAAUAAUCUCUCAGAAAAACUUAGAGUGUAGCCUAGUUUUAUUUCUUUUAGGGGAAAUUUAAUAAUUAUUGA